AUGAUCACUUCACGCGACUUUGAUUUCAUCGAUGUAGAUGUUGAAGUUCAAAAACGGACACCAAUUACUGAUAUUAUGGUAGACGUCAGUAAACUUGUACUCGGUGAUGAAUCGUUGACAAUGGACAAAGCUCAAAAAAUGCUCAAGGAUCAUAGGCUAGGCAAGCUCCCUAUUGUCAACAAAAAAGGCGAACUGAUUGCCUUACUGUGUCGAUCUGAUCUUUUAAAAGCUAGGGACUAUCCGAUGGCAUCGUACGACUCGAAAGGUCAGUUACUCUGUGGAGCAGCUGUGAACACUCGCGAAACAUCUAAACAAGCUUUGGAUUUACUUGUUGAUGCCGGAGCAGACGUCAUUGUGAUUGUAAGUCGACUCUACACAUACCUGUGA